GGAACAUUUAUCCCGUAUUAAAUUAUCUUGAAGUAUUUUUGGUCUGAUUUAAAUCAAACGUAUACAAGGGAAAUUGUACAAGUUUUUAUAUAAAAAUAAUAUACAUAUAUUUUAAAUAUAUGUAUGAUAUCUAAAUACUAAAGAUGCCGCUUUUACUGAAUUUUAAAAAGCUAUUCAAUCAAGAGAAACCAUCAAAUAAAGAUGAUGUCUCUGAUUACUCGUCAAGAGAUUCGUUGAGAUCAACAAAUUUUACCAUAUCUUCACAUUCAUCUACUGAGCAUCACCAAUCUCAAAGUAUAAAAAAAUCAGACGAUAAUUCGCAUUCACAUUCUUCAAAAUGUCCAUAUCCGGAUUUACCAGACAAAUAUCAACUUCUUGAAAUCUUGGGAGAAGGUGCAUUUUCGGUGGUGUACAAGGGAAUCGAUGUAGGAACUGGGAAACCUGUGGCAAUCAAGGUGAUUGAUAAGCGUGACCUCAAUGCUAAACAACUUAAUAACAUCAAGAAUGAGAUUUCUAUUAUGAAACGAUUGAAUCAUCCAAACAUUCUUCGUCUCUUGGACGCUCAUAACUCGGCCCAGAAUUGUUUCUUAAUCUUGGAAUAUUGUGAUGGGGGUGAAAUCUUUAAUAAAAUCAUUGAAUAUACCUAUUUUAGUGAAGACUUGUCAAGACAUGUGUUUCAACAAUUACUUUCAUCCAUUGAAUAUUUGCAUUCGAAAAACAUUGUACAUAGAGACAUAAAGCCCGAGAAUUUGUUGUUCAAUGCUAUCCCCAUGAAACUGAGACCUGUACAAGAAUUCAAGGCUGCCAUGAGAGCCUCAGAUGAUGAAACCAAGGUUGAUGAAGGUUCAUUUGUUGAUGGGUUUGGUGGUGGUACUGUGGGGGUCAUAAAAUUGGCUGAUUUUGGAUUGGCUAAACAAUUAAAAGUGGAAAGCAUGCAUAAAAAUUUGAAAACGCCAUGUGGAACGGCUGGUUAUACAGCUCCUGAAGUGAUCACAUGUCAUGAUAAUAAUUCGAGAAUUAGUAGUCGAUAUGAACUGCUGGAUCGUAUUGCAAAGAAGAAUUAUUAUUCUAAAUCUGUAGAUAUAUGGUCAUUGGGGUGCUUUUUGUAUACCAUUUUGUGUGGGUUCCCACCAUUUUAUGAUGAUAAUCCUGAUCAAUUAACCAUGAAGAUUCUCAAGGGAGAAUAUGUAUUUUUAAACCCAUGGUGGGAUGAAGUAUCUGCUGAAGCCAAGCAUUUGAUCAGUAAAAUGUUGGUUAUUGAUCCAGAGCAAAGAAUCACCGCUGAAGAAAUAUGGAGACAUCCAUGGAUUGCAAAUGGGAAAUUGGAAGAAGAAAAGGAAGAAGACUCUGCAGCCAAUUUGGCUACCGCCAAAGACUCGUCAUAUGUAUUCCCAGAUCAUUAUUUCUCCAAUGUUUUCAAUUCUAAAGUUUCUGUACAACAUGUUGAAGAUAUGGAGAAUUCACAGGGAAAUAAUUCUCUUACAGCAGCAAUGGCGGGAGAUUUCGGGUCAACCUCGGCUAUUCCAUCGAGAUCAGUAUCUCCAAAUGGAUUCUUACAUCCUAUUUCUUCGUCGGUAGCUAUGCCCUCACUUGCCAAGUCUUUUGAAUCUGCUGAACAUAUUGAGAAUUUUGAAGUUGCUAGUGGAGGAAUGAAAUCUCCACCUAUUCGUUCAAUGGAAAAUUUGGCACUCUUAUCCCCAAGAGCAAAUGCCAUUAAAAUGGUUUUCAAUAAUCCUGUGAUUCAUAAGACCAGUACCGCUACAGCUAGAGAACAUUCAGGUAUGAUCAAUAGUGCCAUUUCAACUUCAAAUGUACAAUUUGAUGAUUCGACAUUUAAAAAGAAUUUUAAUUUAUCUUCAUCGUCAGAUGAUGAUGAUGAUGAACCUAUCAGUCGUGGUCCACUUCCUAAAACACCAAAUCCACUCAAUGUGAAUUUUAAGAAUGUUUUCGCCAAUUUGGGCACCGCCAUAGAGGAAGAAGGGGCUACUUCAGGAGAAGAAGGAGACAAUGGAGAUGAAGAGGAAGAAGAAGACGAUGUAAAGAGUUUGUGCGAUAAAUCAAGAACAUUAUUUGUUUCGCCAGAGUUUAAUGACUCUGAGGAUUCAAUGAAUUCAGCUGAAUACGAUAAGGAAACUAGAUCAAGUUCAAUCAUUUCAGGAAUCAAUGGUGAUUACAAAUUCACACUCAACUUGAACGAUUCGUCAUUAUUAGGAAGAAGAAAGUCUUCAAAGGGAAGCAAAAGUAGUCCUGGGGUUAAUGAAGGGUUCUUUCCCGUGGAAGGAACUACUGUGAAUUAA